AAAAAAAAUGUUUCUCAUUUUGCGGACAAUGUCUCGGGAGGGUCGGAGGGAGUAUCCACCACCCAGCAUGUAGCGCCGUAAAAUCCCGAUUAGCCUCCUUGGUUUAGCACCAUCAAUGGCGCCGUCUCCGAGUGGCUUAUUACUCACAUGGAUUGUAAUUCAGACCCUCCCGACCUUCUCUCCAGCCAUCGCUGAAGCCCUAGGGGUGAAUUGGGGCAGGGCGGCGUCUCACCCUCUCCCGGCGGAGACGGCGGUGCAGAUUCUCAAGGCCAAUGGCAUCACCAAGGUGAAGCUCCUCGAAGCAGAUCCAGAAGCUCUCGAAUCUCUGUCCGGUUCCAACAUUGACGUCACGGUGGGCAUCCCCGAUUCCAUGCUUCGCAGCUUGAAUUCCUCCUUGAAGGCCGCCCAGAGCUGGGUUCACGAUAACAUCACCAGAUACUUCGCUGAAGGUUCUUCUCGUGUCCGAAUUCAGAAAAGGUUUGGGAAUGGACCCUUACACAUUGCUAACACAUGCAUUCACAGGUAUGUUUUGGUCGGAGAUGAGCCGUUCCUUGAGACUUAUGGCAUGGAGUUCUAUCCUUUUCUGGUUGGGGCAGCCACAAACAUUCAAACAGCAUUGGCCAAAGCCAACUUCGCGAAAGAGAUCAAAGUGGCAAUCCCAUGCAGUUUUGAUGCGAUCCAGUCCGAAUCUGGAAUGCCACCAAGAGGAAAUUUCAGAACAGACAUCAACGAAACCAUGGUUCAAGUCCUGAAGUUUCUUAGCCACCAUCAAUCCCCUCUAUUUGUGACAAUUUCCCCUUUUCAGAGUUACCUUCAAAACAAGAAUGUCUCCCUUGACGCUGCUCUUUUCAAGGAAAAUGUGGGCCCAAGUCACGUGGCGUCCAAAAGCAGCUUUGAGUUAAUCUAUGAAACUCUUGAGUCAGCACUGUCCAGCGCUGGAUUUCCCGAAUUGGAUAUAAUCAUUGGGCGUAUCGGUUGGCCAACGGAUGGUGCUGCUAAUGCUACACCAUCCAAUGCAGAGGUAUUCUUAAAAGGGCUUGUGGAACACCUCAAGGGCAAAUCUGGAAAUUUACCGCAGUCCAAAAAACCACCGCCCCAAACUUACAUAAUGAGCCUUUUGGACGAAGACAAGAGAGACGUGGCUAGUGGGAAUUUCGAGAGACACUGGGGAGUGUUCACAUUUGAUGGACAAGCAAAGUACCAUGUAGACUUUGGGCAGGGCUCAAGAAAAAUGGUAAAUGGCCAAAAUGUCCAUUACCUUCCUUCGAAAUGGUGUGUGGUGAACAACAACAAAGAUUUAUCCAAUGCAACUGCACAAGCCUCAUAUGCAUGCUCUGCAUCCGAUUGCAGUGCGAUGUCCCGCGGAGGAUCAUGUUUCGACAUUGGUUGGCCGGGUAACAUCUCCUACGCCUUCAACAGCUAUUAUCAACAGAACAGCCAGAAUGCAGAUGGAUGUGACUUUGGAGGGCUGGGCUUGAUCACAACCGUUGAUCCCUCUGUGGGUACCUGCAGGUUUUUUGUUCAACUUUCGACAUCUGUUUCGGUAUCUCUUCACACAUAUGAUCUUCUCCAUUGGUUAGCAUCUCCCCUUGUAUCCAUUUUGUUAUGGCUACUCGGCGGAGUCGAUUGGGAGUGAUACUUGCUUGUGUUUUGCAGCAUUGUCAUUGAAUGCUUAGGCAAGUUUUGAUUUUUUUUCCCCUUCAAGAAAGCCCAUAUCGGCAUGAAGUGAAGCCGAUGAGUUCGGAUUGGCAGUUGGCUUAUCAAAGAAUUUGGCCAUUUGGGGUUUCGAUGUGAGGUUCCAUCUGUACUGUUUGGUUAGCUCAGUGUAAUUAAAUUUAUGUGUUACUG